GUCGGUAGAUGGCUGAGAAUUGCAAAAGUGUACUAUGGGUACUCCCGUCCAUUUUUUGGUUAAUGCUGGGUCAGGUCAAGUCGAGUUGGUUCGAGAUAGUUCGAGUCCAAUGAUCGAUUCCCAUUGUCAAGUCGGACCAUUCGAUAUCCGUCUGCUAGGUUGGUUGCUGGAGCUACGAAUGGUCUUUGGUUAUCAAUUUAGUUUAAACGAUAUCUCCCCAUUUGUCAGACAAAGUCAUGUACACCGUGUCAAAAGGUCCGAGCAAGAUUGUUGCAAAAACUCGACGGGGUAUCAAUCAAAACUUUGAAAGGUUGGAAAAUCUACGCGAAGUCACUCGAAAAUCAGAGCCUGAAGACGAUCCCGGAGUCACACGUCAUGUACCAAAGCCAGUUUUUCACAUAAAUGGUAAAUCCAAGCUAAAUUCCCAUAGGCAUCAGAUGCAAGAGGUAAUAACUCCACAGCACGAGGAGCUCAUCAAAUUCGUAUAUGAAUCCUGGAGUCAAAUUAGUGCAAGGCAAAGAAGCGAAUCUUCGGAUGGAUCGGAAUGUUCAGAACCUUCUAGUCCAAACUCUAUAGUGUAUUAUAACGAUGGAGAACCAAAUGGCAUUCUGCAAGAUUUCAAACCUUUUGAUUUAGAAUCUUGGUGGGGCAAGAGAUUGUUCAAUAACAUUACCAAAUCACUUUGAAGGAAGCAACGGUGUUAUGGGUUUCCGUUUCAAAGGUUAACCAAAGUAGUAAAUAUUUGCAAAUGCAACGAUUUGACCCAGAUCAUAAGGAGUCCAAGUUCUUAUCUUAUGAUGAGACAAUUGAAACAAAUUCAACUGCAACAUAUUGCAGACGCAUGUUCAUUGUGACGCAAGUUACAAUGCAUCGUCAAAUGUGACUUCAUGGGUCACAGACUUUCCAAAGUUUUAAAUAAGGUGGAUACCAAACCGCAGGUCGACCAAAUCCAACUGUUAAUAUACAGUGAACGAAUCAUGAUUAAUUCAUGCAGCGAUUUUAUAAACACGUGCCCAGGGCGAUAAGCUAACUGCGAAUUCGCAAGCAAUAGGUGCUUUCCUGCACAUUGGAAACUAUUGAUUGCAUUUGUGAACACUUUUACUCGUUUACAGGUAUCUAAGGUGGCACAAAUGCAAUAAGCUCGCUGCACCGCGUAAAUUGUACAAAAGGCUUUAUCUCUUAUACAAACAAGUUACCGUACUACAAGUAGGACAAUAAAUAAUCUAAUUGAAUUACGUAAACAGUCGUGUCAUCGACUAUGAAAUUUAUACAAUCUCUUUUUAUUGUAUUUUGUUCCGUUAAAGGAAUCCUACUUUCAAUGCAAUGUCAAUAUGUUACUUUUAAGUAAUUUCUUUCACAAUUUUAAUUGUAAUUAAGCUAUCGUAUGAUCAAUAUUUACAAUCGCAACAAAUAUUUCUCUAAUUCUCACGAAUGCCGUGAAAGAGAAACAAAAUCAUUGUGGCUUAAGAUCGUGGUAGAACAUUGGGGUAAAAUAUUUUGUAGCGCUAUCAAAGUCUGUCUUCCGUAGCAAAAUUAUUCUUAACGUUUAAUUAGCGUUUCCUAAUUUGUAUUGAAAGCCAAAUAGUGGAUCGUGAUUAGUAUGGAAGGCUAACGGUGAAUAUGAGAAUAUAUGGACUUUGUAUGUACAAAUGGUCCUAUGGCAAUGCCAAGUGUCACCAAGCCGAAUGGCCUGUGAACAUAAACGAAAAUCCUAGUAUAACUUUGUAGACUGAUACAUUUAAGAUUGUUAUGACGAAUGAGCGGGGUGGAACUUGUUACUCGUUGGUUCUCCAUUCGCAAGCUAUGCUCGAGUUAUACCGUUUCGACACGCCAGUUUGUUCCUGAUCGUACACUCCGGCGGUAUCGAAGAAAAACUCGAUUCCUACGUUUGGUCCAAAAGUUACCUAAGGGUGCUUUAUGCGAUCAAGGGUUUUACGUGCAAGCCCUAACUUCGAGCACGUGUCAAGACACAGUUUGCAAGGUGUAGUCGAGAAGUAGUUCAUUGUGUAUUCAGCCAUCGAUGUGGCUGAAUUCCAAAAUUGUUAUAAAAAUUAAAUAUAUCUUUUUACGCUAAA